AUGAAUAAUCAUAUAAUAGUGUCACAUAAUGACCAGGAAAGUGAUAGAUCAUCGUUUUCUUAUACGCCGAGUUUUAAAGAUUUCAUUGAUGAAGAUUCAGAAGGAAAUUCGGAAUUGUUUUUCAUUCGCUGCUCUGAAAAGUUAAGUCUAACUGAAGCAGCAUCACCCAGCAAUCAAAAUGCAUUUCGCAAUGAAUAUAAAAGAAUGUCUCUUAGAAGAAAUCGAGGAGUAUUAUCAAAAAUUAGUAAAAAGAAUCAACAAAAUAAUUCCGUGAAAGUGAAAAAAGUUGAAAACUAUUCUCAUGCUGAUGGAUCUUUAUUAAAAGAGUUUACCAUUGUUAUGGAAAAGAACAAAAAUACGAAACUCAAACUGCGAAAAUCUAAAACAAUCAACGCAAAUUAUGAGAAUAUGUUUGAAACAUUAUUCAAUGCAUCGAUUGUGUUGAUCGACAAAAAGUUGUUCAUCAAGAAUGUAAGCGAAUCCUCAGUGUUUAAAUCACUUCAAGGUGAUAACUACUUCAUUAAGUUUAUCGAUAAGGAAAUAAUAUCUCCUGAGAACAUAAACUCAAUGUUGAAGAGAAUUCAGAACAAAUUUGCUUUCACUUUAACAGUUUGUGGAGAAAAUGUCAACGACUUGGAGCAUCUCGGCUCAGAACAAAUCAGUAUUAGUAAAUCAUCUGAUAUUAUCUCGAACAGAAGCAAACUCUUUCUUAUGGACACAUCUUCAUCGAAUGAGAUAAUUUUCAGCCUGAUUGUGAUAACAAAAAACGAACAAGAAACUUCAGAUUCAGAAGACUUUACGACGAUGUUUUCAUAUCCACCAAAAGAAAGAAAUUUUCUACAUAAACUCAAAGGAUCUUUCUUAACAAUUCAAAUGAUUAUGAAAUCAUCAUUUUCUUCGCCUAAUGUGACUGUUAUUAAUUUCCAUGAUACAAAAUAUUUCAUAACAACGACAGUUAAAGAUGAAACUCAAUUUAUAAUUUUAAGUUUCAAUGCAAACUACGUGAAUCGUUUUGAUGUCGCUCAUCAUACGACAAAUAUCUUAAAAUACUUGGAUUAUGUUUUUCCUGAUGCCUUAAAUCUGAGAAGCUUUGAAGAGCUUUUAACAAUUUGUGAUUUGAUCCAAGUUUAUUUAAGCAAACAAAAAUCUGACAUUGAUUUUGAAAAUCUUUUCUCCUGCUCGAAUUACGUUCCACUUCCAAAAGAAAUUGUAUUAAGAAUGAAUGAUUCUUUGAGUGAACUUGAAGCCAUGGAUUAUCGUAACUGGAAUGAAACACUUAUUGAACUUUUCGGGAAGUUUAACAUCAUCGGAUCUUGUAUGUUUUAUAAAACGUUUCAAAUUUGUUCACAUUUUAAUAAAAUCGAUAUGGAAAACAUUGAAUUGUUUAUCAAAUUCUCGUGUAUUAAGUUAAUUUACACACAUUGUAAUGUUCGAGAGAUUGCAAUAUGGAAAAGAGUUUAUCCAAAAGAUUAUCAAUCGUUCAACGGAAACAACGACGCAAGAGAAAACAAAGUUUUCCUUCUUAUUUUGGCUCAUGGAAAUCUUAUGAUGAGCGUUUUACUUGAAGAAAAUAGUUUCAACAGCAAUCCUGAAACUGCGAUGCAAAACUCAAAUUAUUUGAUUUAUUUUCUCGAAGAGAUGGACGACAUUUUAGAUCACAUGAAUUUUGUUGGCAUCGAAAAUCUCACUAAAAUUUGGAUUAACUCACUGAAACGUCCUUUAUGUGAGAAUUUUCUGGAACAAGAUGAUGGAGCUUCAUGUGUGUCUGAUUAUUUUAAAACAAUAAGAGAAGAAGACGACGACACUGAGUUUGAUUAUGGAAGUCAGAAAAGUAGCAGUGGAUUUGACAUAACUGAAUUUUCCGACGCUAUUUACAAAGAUUUUAGUGACAUAUUCCCUCAAACUUUAACUUUUGGAACUGAUAAUUGUUUAAUCAAUUUCAUACAAUUAGACGAAUCAAAAGGAAUUUUGAUAACACCGAUGAAUGAACAAGAUCAGUUGAAGACAAAUGAUCGAAUGUUGAACAUUUUUCGUUCUGGUUGCAUAAAAAUCCACAAAUUACUCCAAAACACGUCGAAAUUCAACAUCAUGUUUUCUAGAGAAACCAAUAAGUUUUCUCAUAAAUCAACAUCAAUGAUGCCUAUCAAAGAACAUGGAUUAAUGAUUCAAGAAAAAACAAGCAACGGAAAUUUUAUCGACUUAUGGAUAAUUGGUCGAUUAUUUGGCUCGAGAGAAGUUUUUGUGUGUUUUAAUGGAAAAACACCUCAGAACAUGAUAGAAAUGGCCUUUCGUAUAAGCAUUAAUUGCAUAGGAUAAAUUAAUAACAUUUUAAUUGUUUCAAACAAUGCACACAGUACUUACAUAUCAGAAUUCUUUUAUUUAAGUUUUAAGACAUUUAUUAUAACAAUAAAUUUUAAACACAAAUCAGAAUAAAAUAUUUUUACACAUUAGUCAAUAAGCAAACCUUGGUCUUUUAUUGAACUCUGAGAAGUCAUUUAAGAACAUUCCCAUACUUACAACUCUUUCAUUCUUGAUGUUAUUGUUGAAUGGCUUUAUGUUAGAAGUUUUUUUAACGUUGAAGUUCCUUUGAAUCUUUGCAGUUGCAGGUGUUGAUGAUGAAGGUAAAACUAAACUUUGAUAUUCUUUGCUGUUGACAAUUCC